UAUUCGACUAUUUUCGCUCUGGGUUCACAGCAACGGCUGCGAGUUUUGAACUCAUUCAGCAUUAUCAUGGCGCAGUUAUAAGGGUGAUAUGAAGUUCAUGUGUAUAUAUUUAAAAUGUUUUACAGUAUGGUAAAACUUUAUUUUUCUUUCUUUUUUCAGGGCAAAGACAUGUAGGAUGAUCUAUGGUGUCCACGAAUAAGAUGCGAAGACCGCUCUUGAGGUAGUUCUGGUAUUUCAAUUUUUGAAGGUCUCACCUGGGUUGAGCACUACAGUGUUGGUCACCCUAUCUUGUGCGCUGAACCAAGGCGGUAAUGUACGAGUGAGUACCCCUCCGAGGCUCUCCUGAUGAAUCUUGACAUGGCAAGUUUGCCAGCGGUAAGACCCGCCUCUAAAAUGACUUGAUCCAAUGAGAGGAGAGCCCUAAGAUGAACGAGGUGGCUAUGAACACAAUAUUGAACAUUAAUGUUGGAGAUCAGUGCACCACGUCUUCUGGAACAGCUUGAGAAGGUUAACUGCUGCUGGUGUUGGUAUUCUCGCAAUGCAGGAAGUCUCCAUGACGUGACGUGCUCGGGUCAUGCACCGUGCUAUGUACAGGGUGACGUGUGUGGUGUAGGUCAUGCCUGGCGCUGUGCUCACUGCCAUGUGCUCCCAGUGUGCCUGUGUAGUGCUCAGUCAGGAUCACCUGUGGAUUCCGAGUUCACUCGCAGGACGAUUCAGCCGUGUGCUGAUAGGGGCCUUAAUAUUCCACUGUUUAAUUCCACAGUCCUUGAUAAAUGGACAUCUUGUGGAGGCCUAUCAUCAUGUGUGUGUCUCUCCCCCUCUCUUUCCCUUACAGUUAGACUCCAACCCUUAUCUCUCUUUCCUCCUGCCCCAUCCCCGCCGCCCACUGAUCCCACUGCUGCGCCAUACAUUGGUCUCAUCCAAGUUUCACCCAGCGGUGAGGCCACACCUACGCCUAUCCCUACUGCACCUUUCAUCUCCCUGCCUCUGCCUUACUCUCUCUCGCCUCCUGCACUUCCUCUUGUUUUAUCUUUCCGCGUACUUGCUGCUUCAUCUCACGCUGUACUUGCAGCACUUCAGUCUGCUCCCUCUACAAUUUCAUCUUCGUCCUCUUCAGAAACCCCUUCAGUAUCCUUAGGUUAUCCCUCAAACACACGGGAUUACAAAGCAACCAGUUGCCACCAAGUGACCUCACAUGGAAGACAAUGUCCGUCGAAGGACUCGGAGAUCAAUGUCAAAGCACUGGCUUCGACUUUAGUGCUGUCUUCGAGAGGCAGAAGGGUCGAUUUCAAGACAUCGACCCCACUUGAGCUUCGUCCUUCGAGAGAUAGAGUUGGAGACAGGUCACCUACCUCACGUCCUCCUCCGCUCCAAUCGAGGGAAAGAGAGGUCAACCUCAAGGCGUCGGCGUCUACUUUUACAUCGACCCAUAGGUUGAAGUCGACACUGGAUAAGACAAGAAACAGCAAACUGAGGGAGACGGUGGCGAGAAUAGUGUCAGCUGUAAUGGUGCUCCUCCUGUCCACCACCGCUGCAGCAGCAUACAAGCUCAAACCCACCACCACAAUCUCGAGGGUAGCGCUGGCUGGCACUACUGGCAAGCUACCCUGCGAGUUACCAGUGCCAGCAGACAGACCCACACUCAUCCUCUGGUAUAAAGACGAGGCUACCAAGCCUUUUUACAGUUUCGAUGCCCGGGAGACCUCCAGAGGUCACCACAAAGUACACGACAACUCACGCCUGGGAAAGAGAUCGCGCUUCACAUUGGAAACUUUAACUCGCAACUUCAGGUCACGGAUGGGGUUUUUGGAGGUGGAGAACCUGACUCUGGCGGACGCUGGCAACUAUACCUGCCGUGUUGACUUCAUGACGUCACAAACCAUGAUGGCGUUGCUCCAGCUCACCGUGCAUGAGGAAAUCCGCAGUCUGGAGAUAUUUGACUCCUACGAAACGAUGAUCAGUCAGGUUGUGGGACCGUACGAACUCUCCUCCAGGGUGGUGCUCUCCUGCCGAGCAUACGGAGGUUACCCAACACCAGUAGUGAGGUGGCUGUCAGGAUCAGAGGAAGAAAUGCUAGAGAGUUCCUGGUCACAACCCCAGCAGCAGCAACAAUACCACUUCCAGGAUGAAGGCGCCAGUGUAGAAGGCAUCCCCUUCGUCACUAGCGGCAGCUCGGGUCACUCGGAAGUCAGCUACCAGCACCGCCACCGCCAAACAGAGCAGGGACUCUCAGUGGUUACUUCGAAGCUGCUACUGCCAUCGCUGACGAGGGAGGACCACGGUCGUCAGCUCAAGUGUGUGGCUGGGAACACCAAUCUUACCCAAGACCGCUCACGUCUUGUGACAAUUGAGAUGUACUUACCUCCAUUGGAGGUGGAGAUUGAGGGCGUGGAAACCCCACUGAGAGCGGGCGUGGAAGCUACCUUAACGUGUAGGUCUUCGGGGUCAAGACCUCCAGCUGUCCUCGCUUGGCAGAUCGACGGGCCCUCCAGAAUAACUCCACUUCCGCCUCACUCGACGCUUGAUCAGAACAUCGCCAGCAGGAGGGGUCGCCUUCUUCCAACACCAAAGGACGAUGGUAGGACUGUCACCUGCACCGCGACCAACCCGAAGGUAUCGCAGUACUCCCUCUCUGCCAGCACCCUCCUCAGCGUACAAUAUGCUCCUGAGGUGAUGGUGCGCCUCGCUCCGGCCCUCGACCCUAACAACAUCGAGGAAGGUGACGACGUGUACUUUGAGUGUCAGAUUACUGCGAACCCUCCAGAGAGCCGCAUCUUGUGGCUACACCAGGGUCGGCGGCUGCACACGGACAGGGAGCAAGGAGUGCUGGCCCAGGGCAGGAACCUGGUAUUGCAGAAAGUUCGGCGUGAGCAUCGUGGGGACUACCAGUGCGUUGUGACCAACGCUGUCGACACCGUCACCAGCGCCCCUACUGUCCUUGACGUCAUGUUUUUACCCGAGUGUCGAGAGCCACGUAACGUCACCGUCUCCGUAACGGCUACUGAAGAGGUUACGCUGGACUGCGUGGUGGAAUCUAAUCCUGAAGAGGUACAGUUCUUAUGGAAGGUGAACAGCAGCAGGGGCGUGAAGGACCUGCCGCCCACCAGCUUCACCACCCGCGGCAGCACUAGCACACUGGUAUAUCGCCCACACACCCACUCCCACGCCCACGACAAAUACGGCAUUGUCUUCUGCCUCGGCCGGAACAGAUUGGGCAGCCAGAGGGUGCCUUGUGUCUUCUUCAUCACCCCAGCAGGACCACCUGAAGAACCCAGUUCUUGUACCCUGGUGAACCAGAGCGCUACUUCCCUGGCUGUCACCUGCACCCCUGGUCACGAUGGUGGCCUCAAGCAGCAUUUCGUGACCACGGUGCGCGAUGCGGCGACCCAGGAGCUGGUGGCCAACGUGUCGUCUGCCACACCUACCUUCGUGGUGGGUGGGCUGGCCCCCGGGCGGGACUACCUGCUUCUAGUGACAGCUGUCAACCUGAAGGGUAGCUCCUCUCCCUACGUCAUCCAGGACUUUGCUCUCAAAGUUGCGGAAAAUAAAAUAAACAACUCAAGUUCCACGGAGUCCUCCCCGCUGCUGGCUGUGUUCGUGGGCGUAGUGAGUGGCUUCGUCUUCAUCCUGACUGUCCUGGCGGUGGCCACGCGAUCCCGAUGCCGACGACAGCGCGAGGAUCUGGACGAGGACGCCGACAAUAACAAACUGAGAGGAGGGGAAGAAGUGCCAGCCUCACCCUCGACAAAGGCUUCGCUGGACGAAGCCGAAGACGCAGAUGACGAACUGAACACACCAGAGUCCAGAGAUGGCCCUCUGAAGCCUCAAGAAUUUACUGCGCAGACAGCAGGCAGUCCCACCAGCAGUGCUUCUCGCACCUACGUUGCAGUUCAUCCGCAGCAGCAAUCGCAGCCGCAGCCGCUACACUCAGUCGACCUCCCGCACAUCAACGCCAACAAUCACAAGUACUACAAAAUCAAGAUCGACUGUACUCGGCUCAGCAACGAGAGCUUCGUUUAGCUCGUUCUCCACUCGUGAGUUGGAGCUCUGAACUCAGCCGAUAUUUUAAACUUAGUUAACCUCCGAACUCAAUUGCCCUCUUAAAUCAGUUGAUCUUUAACAUCGGGUGUCCUCUGAACUCAAUUCACCUCAGAUUUCGAGUGUCCUGUGAACACUACUGACCUCUGAACUCGGAUGACCUCUGGGCUUUGUUAAUCCCUGGACUUAGUUGACCUUUGGGUAAUGGUAAUAAAUAACUUUUUUCAGUAGGCAAAAAGAGAGGUCAGUGAAAGCUUAGUCCCUUGAUCCUCUUAUCUGCAAGUUGUACUCCCUCAGUGAACAAUUUUAUCCUUGUAGAUCUUUCUUUUAUUGUCUGCAGAGCUAAAAUAAACAACUGUUUCGUAACCUACAGUUACACUCAGUGAAUGAAUACUUUAUUGCUCUGUGGAGGUCAACAACUCUGAAAAAAAAGGUCGACGUAUAAAGGAACAGUAGUGUAAUCUGGGUCGAUACGACACGCUGACCUUUUCCAAGGGGUCAGUCUGGGUCACUGAAAAAAAUGAAACAUUUCUGACAGGUAUGAAGAAAAAACUUUUUUUGGGACAACGUUUAGAUCAGUGUGGAACUUUAUAAUAAUAUAAUAAUAAUAAUAAUAAUAAUAAUAAUAAUAAUAAUAAUAAUAAUAUCUUUAUUUCUACAAGUACAAGGUAUACAGGUCUAGCUGACAUCAGUGACAUACAAUUACACAGAAAGCCCUUUGUUAUGCAGAGCAUUUCGGGUAAAUUAGGUCAAUUUUGUCCUAGGAUUCGACCCACACCAGUUGACUAACACCCAGGAACCCAUUCGACUGAUGGGUGAACCGGGACAGCAGAUGUCUUAUGGAAACACCUCUUAAUGCUUUCCAGCCGUAACGGGGGAUCGAUCCUUGGACCUCAGUGUGUGACCUGAGUGCGCUGGCUUGACCGCCAGCGCACUGACAAAGCUCUACAAACCGCAAAACGUUGUCUUAAGAGAAGCUUGUUUUAAAACUUGGUUCUUAGUUUUGAUACACUUCUUUUACGUCGUUCAAAAAACGUUAUCCACACUAAGUAAAUACUGUAAUAGCAUUUUGCCCAGUUGAACUGUACAUACACCUAGAGAAGUGAGUCACGGUAAGGUCGUGAUAUCUGUAGGGACCAAACUAGGUCACUUAAGUAUAUAAAAUUAAGAGCAUUUGGGUCACUGACAGGGGAAUUCUGAAAUCGAAUGACAGUUUCGGCGUAUCCUGACUCAUAAUGUUAUUGUCACACAUUUAAUGCACACGAGGUCAUGGAAGUUUUCAUUGUGAUAUCACAUGCUGGAGGUCACAAGUGAAUAUACUUGUUAUAACUAAGUAGGAUGGUUAGCGUGGACCAUCGUGUUAUGAUGUGGUCUGCGUGUUUAUGAUCAGCUUGGGUCAGUGUGGUAAUUACUAAAGGAAGCUAUUGCUCGCUCUUAAAUAUGGCUCUUUAAUUAUGUGACGGUGUCUCAGAUUUACAAUAUGACUGCAGAAGCUAUCACGCAGAAUUAUUAGUAAACUAUUCACGUAGGUUCUGGGUAAACAGGAAGAGCAGGAGAAAAUGGAGUAGGGCCACCAGUAUAACUAACUGUACCUGUGGGGGACCUUGUUAAUAAUGUACCCCCAUGGUAAUCCUGAGCUGUUUGUUAUAGUGGCGGUAAGUUUUCUGUUUUACAUCAACGUUAGUGUAGGUAUGAUAUUAAUUGUUCUACACUGAUUUCUGAUAAUGUGUUUUGUGCCGCAUUUAAAAAUUCCGUCAGUGAAAUGGUAACAUUGGAUAAUAAUAAUAAUAAUAAUAAUAAUAAUAAUAAUAAUAAUAAUAAUAAUAAUAAUAUCACAUAUAAUUGUUGUUAUAUUAUAUUUAAUUAAUAUAAAAGCUCAAUGAACAACAAAGAGAAAAGCAAUAAAAUAUAUGACUGACACAAGACUGUGACCUCUCUUGACCCUGACCUCCAUGACUGACACAAGGCUGUGACCUCUCUUGACCCUGACCUCCAUGACUGACACAAGGCUGUGACCUCUCUUGACCCUGACCUCCAUGACUGACACAAGGCUGUGACCUCUCUUGACACUGACCUCCAUGACUGACACAAGACUGUGACCUCUCUUAACCCUGACCUCCAUGACUGACAAGCCUGUGACUUCUCUUGACCCUGACCUUUAUGACUGACACAAGCCUGUGAUCUCUCUUGACCCUGACCUCCAUGACUGACACAAACCUGUGACCUCUCUUGACCCUGACCUCCAUGACUGACACAAGGCUGUGACCUCUCUUGACCCUGACCUCCAUGAUUGACACACGCCUGCGACCUCUCCUGAUCCUGACUUCUAUGACUGCCAAAUUCCUGUGACCUCCCAUGAUCCUGGCCACUCUGAGUGACCUAUCCUAACACUGACCUCUGUUACUGACAUCAUCCUGAAGUUUACACAAAGGGUAGAGGAGUAUAACAAACACUGGAGGUGAGGUGUGAUCACACACACACACACACACACACACACACACACACACACACACACACACACACACACACACACACACACACACACACACUCACACA